AAUGGUUGUUGGCAAGUCCAGAGGAUUCCAAAGAAGUUUGUUGUUAAGAAAUUUGGCCAAGAACUUUCAGGUUUUGCCACGCUGACUGUUCCAGAUGUUAGAAUGUGGCUUGUGACAGUAACACAAAUUGACCAGAAAUUAUGGUUUUGUAAUGGUUGGCAUGAAUUUAUUGAGCACUACUCGAUUUGUGUUGGCCAUUUCUUGGGAUUCAGAUAUGAAGGGAAUUCAAAUUUUAGUGUUUACAUGUUUGUUUUGAUGCCUCAUAAGAUAAAAGAUGCUCGCACUGUGACAAAGCCUGUUAAGGAUGAUGAGAAGCAUCAUGUGCUUGAUGAAAUGGAAGGUGAUGACUCUGUUAAAAUCUUGGAUUGUACUCCUACCUGCUUCUCUUCUGAUACCUGUAAACCCAAGAAUUUCAAUGAAUGUUUCAACCAAAACACCAUGAGCAAAACCUGUAAAGCUCCGUUGCUGCAUAAUGCACCUAAACAUAUGGACUGGAGGAAUGUGGAUCAUAAAGCAAGCCACCGUCCAUUAGGGGGUUCUUUUAAAUCACAAUCUUCAGAUCAAGAUUCUGAAGAUGUGAGGCUGCAAUUCUUUGUUGAUGAAGAAAAUCUGCACUCUUCAAAGAAUGCUGAUUUAGCAGAGAAGUCGUCUAAACCAUGUCAAGAUGUAGAUAUUAAGUUAAAUUCAAUCGAGUGUCAGAAAUAUGAAUCAGUGAAGAAGAUUCGAAAGGUUCACAGAAAGGAGCAGAAUAUUGAUUCUAAUGACCAGCAGCCAUCAACUCAUCAAGAAGAUGAAGGUCACAUGCGCUUUGGAUUUUAUAGAAAUGCUUCAGCAAGAAAGCGAAGUGUGACUGCUGAAGAAAGAGAAAGGGCAAUAAUUGCAGCCAAAACAUUCGAGCUAGUUAAUCCUUUCUGCAGGGUUGUCCUGCGACCAUCUUACCUAUAUAAGGGAUACAUUAUGCAUUUGCCAUCUUGCUUUGCCGAGAGGCAUCUGCAUGGGCUUUCAGGACUCAUUAAACUUCAGUUAUCUGAUGGGAAACAAUGGCCUGUUCGAUGCCUUUAUAGGGGAGGUGGAACUAAAUUAAGCCAAGGGUGGUUUGAAUUCUCAUUGGAAAAUAAUUUGGGGGAAGGAGAUGUUUGUGUCUUUGAGCUGCUGAGAUCAAGGGAUAUUGUGCUGAAAGUUACUGUAUUUCGUGUUCUUGAAAGUGCUGGACGUAUGGAUCGACUUUGACAAAUAAAAUAUUUGCUUCAACAAGCUAAGAUAGAUUUUGAUGGCUGGGAAAUAUCUGAAUUAAGAAACUU